CAUGAACACAGACAUGUCGCACGGACGGUCAACGCGUCUGUUCAACUGAAGCUUUAUGAUUCCGCUCGAGUUUGGAAAGAAAAACGCAGCAAGAUGCCGCAGAAGCUGCUGGGCUCCGUGGUGGGGCUUCUCUGCACAGGGACGUGUUUAGUUCAGGGGAAGGAGUUUUGUUUCGGCGUGAACAAUGAACAGUACCGCUGUGAGAUGGGCUACUGUUGUGGUGAGACCGAGUGCUGCACGUACUAUUACGAGCUCUGGUGGUUCUGGUUGGUCUGGACCCUGAUCAUCAUGCUGAGCUGCUGCUGCGCAUACAGACACCGGCGCGUCAAAAUGCGUCUGCAGCAGGAGCAGAGACAGAGAGAGAUCAGUCUGAUGGCCUAUCAGGGCGCCUCCAGCUCCUUCAUCACUCCUCCUCCUCUUAACCUGCGGUUCUGGACAGACUGUAAGCUACCCGACUAUGAGGAAGUGAUCGCCCACCCACCGACGCCCCCUCCUCCCUACUCAGAGUCUCCUCCGGACAUCCCAGCUCUCAGCAGCCGGACUGAGGCGGCCGUGGUUCUGGAGCCGCCCACGCAGGAGACACCCGUGGAGGAGGACGAGGAGCCCAAUGGCCGGCGCAGACACGUGACGGGCGACUCAGGCAUCGAGGUGUGUGUCUGCCAGCUGGAUGUGGACGAGGGUUCGGGGCCUGAGGAGGAAUCGCUGUGCCAGGGAGCCGACGGCGGCUGCUGCUCCGAGUGUGAAACCCUCACCGGCAAAGAGCUCUCGCCCGAACCCACUGCUGCCACCGAGCACCGGGUUUGACACACUCAUGUAAAGGCCCUUGAUCAGGAAUGAGGGAGUGAGAGACUUUGACUCCUAAGCGUCAUAACGGCUUGUGUGCGUUUCUACAGUCUGACUGCAUUGUGUGUGUCAGUUUCCCAGCAUCCCUCUUGCUUUCCUCUCACAGACUAAGCGAAUGAUCCAGACCACUGUUUGUUUCUCACAACUGCACCGAGACUUCAGCCCAGAGCGACACGCGUCUCCUCCCACGGGAGACACACACACACACACACACAUACAUACAGAGCAACACGUUUCGUCUCCCGCAGGAAACACAAACACACACACAGAGUCUCAAACACACACAGCGUAGCACAUGUUGUUUUAUAAGGUUGUGCACUGAGGAAUCCCAUGAGUGCUAGUAGAGCAGAUAAACACACAGUCAACUGAUUGUCUCAUGCGUGUGUAUCUCAUCGUGGCCUUACCUGAUUCACACGCUGCUGUAAGUCAACAGGAGUCAAGCAGGAGGUGGCGUCCCGUGUGUGAUUUGCUGCAGUCACAUGACUCACCUCUAUGAUUUGUUUAUUAGUGAAGCACAGAUACGAUCAGAUGACGCCACAAAUGAAGGCGAUGUGUGUUGUGUUGUAGAGGCUGAUAAUUGCAUGAAUCAGCCUUCACUUCCUGUCUAAUCAGACGGCAGACUGAUGUAUAUCUGCAUUAAGGGCUAAAAUCAAGAUCAGAAUGUUUCCAGUUGGUUUUCAUGUGUCCAUCUCUUUUGUUUUUGUGAACGUGUGUCUCUGUCAGCCCUCUGAAUGCGGCUGCAAACCCCAGUUUGUUUCCUGUUGCACUGAAGGACGCCGCUGUCCUCUCGAAGUUCUUCAACUCCAACCCAGUUUACAGAUUCUGUGCCUUUCCCGGUGGAGAUCCACAUUAACUAACUAGGCAAAAAAAAAAAAAAAAAACGAGGACUCUCCUUUGUGAGCUGCAGUAACGCUGCAGUGUCUGUUUUAGCAAUACCGUUAAUGUUCAUGCGAUCGACUCCUUUUCUGUGUAAUCAAAUCGAAUGCGUUCAUGUUCAUUUCUUCACCGGACACUUAUUACUGUGUCCGUCUGUCAAGACGUUUGUUUUUCUUAGUUUGUCUACUAACUCUGUGUUCGUAAUGCCUGUUUUGGAUGGAUUGAUCACCAUUUACAGGUGAGAUCUGAGGCGUUAUGGAUGAUUUCAGGCGUUUGUUUUGAGCACUUCUAGUGUCUGUUGCAUUACACAGGUGCUCUCAAAUUUGAAGCCUUUGACAUUGAGCAGCUCCAAGUCUGUUGUCAAAUGUGUGUUCAAUAAUAAAGACGUUUAAUAUCGAGCCAAAUCACAGCGCAAACCUGCAUUAUGGUGCAGUUCUUCUAUAAGCACGAGCUGUUUUGACUUCAUACUCAUUUAUAAUAGUAGUGCUCGGCUGAAGUGUGUAACGCAUUUACUUGACUCAUCUGACAGUCCGUGAGGGUUUCUGAUAGCAGCUAGUGAUGAUGAUGAUGAUGAUUUCUGCCAAACAGCAGCUGAUGUGGAGAUGCUCACAGACCUACAGACACGUUUGUGGUUUCAGCACUGAGAGCUGUGUGGCAUUUCUACUGUCGGUUCUUUAGUACGACGUCUGCCGUGUCGCUAUAGUCAUUUGUAUUUUAUUUUUGUAAUAAAAACAAUAAAUCAGCUUUGGCACUGAGCUGUU